AUGUGCCUCCGCUCGCGACGUGGGGAGGGUGACAUGGCGACUUCCUCAGGCCAGUCCCCCGAGCGGAUUGACCCAUGGCGGCUGGACCUGCGCCUCAAAAUCGAUGGAGUCGAGUCCCUCCUCCUUAAAUGUCCGGAGGACGACAUAGGAACCCUCUCCGGCCAGUCCUCUGAUUGUAUUGAGCCUUGGCGGCUGGACCUACGCCUCAUAAUCGGUGGUGCCGAGUCCGAGUCCAUUUUUUCGCGGGAGAUCGGCCUGAUGUGGCCUAGAGUGACGCAAGUCAAGACUGGCAGCGAUAUUAGCAUAACUAAUCUUGCACUGGCCCCAAUGAAAAGCCAGCGCUGA